AUGAAGGAGACUACGCUGUCGUACUCUGUGCUCAUUCCCAAGAAAGCCACUCCUGUAAGAGUCAAAUACCUUCAAGUCGCCUGUCUUUACAAUCACAUCGAAAGCUCCGUCUGCCUGGUUCCUUGCUCAGAAACCAAUUCUCUCUCACCAAUGAUUCCGAAUGGGGAUUCUGUGUUCUUCCGAAAGCAGACUCACCUGGCUAGCCCCAGACCAACCCACUUCAUCGAUGGCACAAGUACAGUACGCUUCAUGGAACAAAACCUCGUCGUGCCGGAGUCCAACAACAACCGUGAAGUCCGUAAAUCCGCACCAAUCGUACCCAAACAGCGCUACCUCAACCUAAACCCAGGUGCAGCCUCAUACCAAAUCAAGCGAAAGUCACCUUCUCAUGCAACCCAGAAGCCAGCACGAACAAUGAACAAAAGAGCUUCAAACCAUGACAGUAGCAUCUUGCUCCCACCCCUACAUAUACGCCAUAGUCCCGACAUACCCCACCGAACCAUACGCUUUGAAGACUUCGUGCCAGAGCACAAACUCAAGACGUGGCGCGAGAUGGAUGACGAGGAGCGGCGGGGCGCACGCACAAAUUCGUUAAGUAUUUUGAUUGCCAACAUCGUCGAUAAAGUCAGAUAUCAGGUGAGAAAGAUGACACGGUAUACGCGUCUAUGA